AUGAGUGACAGAAAGAGGAGGGCCACCCACUUUCGCUCCGCUGAUGGUGAGCUGCCUCCCAAGAGGAGGAGGUGUAGUGGAGGGGACAUCAGUCAGGACUUUGGCUGCUGCUCCGUGGAGGAGGAGAGACUGUAUGAGAUGUCCUCCUUAGAAAACAUUAGCAGAGCUGAUUUUGAGGACAAGUACUGUCAGCACACCACUUCGUUGGCCACAGGAGGCUUCGGCUCGGUCUUCACUGGCCACCGAAAGUCAGACAGUUUACCAGUGGCCAUCAAGCACAUUCGCGGAGAGGCAGUGAAGUGUGAGAGAGUGAAGUGCAAUGGUAAGGUGUUUGACAUCGUCCUCGAGGUUGCCCUCAUGCUGAAAGCUGCAGGUCUACCAGGAUCCGCUGGAGAAUCUGCUGCUGUGUCCCUGUUGGACUGGUACCUUCAGGACCAGGAGCUGAUCCUGGUAAUGGAGAAACCAGAGCCCUCCAUCGACCUGCACAGAUACCUGAAAUCCCGCAGAGGAUCCCUGGAUGAACAAGAGGCAAAGAUGAUCCUGAGACAGCUGGUGGACGCGGCCAUCGACAUGCACUCCAAGGGCGUCUUUCACCGGGACAUCAAGUUACGCAACGUCCUGGUUCAGUUCGAGUCCGAUGUACUGAGAGUGCGAAUCAUCGACUUUGGCUGCGGCAGCUUCUCGACGGAGGCUGCUUUCACCUCUCUCUGUGGUACCCGUGCAUACUUCCCUCCAGAGUGGUUUGAUCACCAGGCAUACGAGGCCCGUCCCACCACGGUUUACCAGCUGGGCGCACUCUUCUAUUCGUUGCUGAGGGGACACCGGCCUUUUACCACCUGGGACUACUCCAGCGGCUGCAUUCAAGUCAACACUGAGCUGUCCACAGAUGUGAAGCUUUUGCUGAUUCGGUGUCUGGCCAGAAACCCUUCAGAGCGAGCCACUCUGGAGGAGCUACAAAUGGACGCAGCCCUCAACUCUUCUGAGACCUCCUCCAUUAAUAAGACCCUGAGAGAGGCUCCUUGCCCCUCGGCCUGA